CGUGUUCCGUACGAAGUUGUUCCUCAGCACUCGAUGACAACAGCAAACCCUGCAGUCAAUGCUUUUGCCGCAGUUCCCCAGUAAUAACCUUUUACAUCUGAUGUUAUAAACCGCGGCCAUGGCGGACGACGAGCUGCCGGAGGAGCUGCGCUCCGAAGCAGAUGAUGGGCGAGAAGUUGGCUUGGAUUUCGGCGACGAUCUGGAGCUGAAUCAGUUCGACGGGUUGCCUUAUUCGUCUCGAUAUUAUACGUUACUCAAAGAAAGGAAGACUCUGUCGGUUUGGAAAGCCCGAUCUGAAUUUAUGGAGACUUUGGUUAAUAACCAGGUCGUCAUAGUUUCUGGCACAGCAAAAUCUGGGAAAAGUUCGCAGAUACCCCAGUGGUGCGCCGAGUUCUGCUUGUCGGCCCAGUACCAGCAUGGCAUGGUGGCCUGUUCGCAGAUCCACCGGCAGCUGGCCGUGGAGCUGGCCCUGCGUGUGGCCGACGAGAUGGAUGUCAACAUCGGCCACGAGGUGGGCUACAGCAUCCCGCUGGAGACCUGCUGCUCUGGCGACACCGUCCUCCGAUAUUGCACGGACGGCACCCUGCUGAGGGAGAUGAUGUCUGACCCGCUGCUGGAGCGCUACGGGGUGCUGGUCAUCGACCAGGCCCAUGAGCGGACGGUGAGCACCGAUCUGCUGCUGGGUCUGCUGAAGGCCGUCCUGCCACAGCGGCCUGAGCUCCGCCUGGUGGUCCUGACGGCACCACACGUGCCUGCUAAGCUGCUUACCCACUUCGAUGGCGCCCCCUUGCUGCGGCUGGAGGACCUGCGGCCGACCGAGGUUGUCUACAGCAAUGGAGACCACAGGGACUAUUUUUACGCCGCCCUGCGGCUGGUCCUGGAGAUCCACCACACCAAGGAAGCGGGGGACGUGGUGGUCUUCCUGGCCUCGUCACAGGAGAUCGACCGCGCUUACGACAUUCUCCUACAAGAAGGGGCCAGCUUCAAAAAGGGAGAUCUGGGGGAGCUGGUGCCAAUUGCCCUGAUUCCGCAGCGUGGUGGGGGGCUGCCUCUUCUAGGGGAAGAUCAAGGGAAGAAUAGAAAAGUUUUCCUCACUUGUAGUCAAGGGGAAGACCUGUUCUGGGCAGUGGACACCAUCAGCUUUGUGAUCGACGUGGGCGUGGAGAAGAGAGAUGUGUACAACACGCGCAUCAGGGCAAACUCGGAGGUGGUACGACCCAUCAGUAAAUGCCAGGCGGAGAUCCGGAAGCAGUUAAUGGAAUCGUCCGGUAAAUGUUUCUGCCUGUAUGCUGAGGAAACCAUACUGCCAGAGGAAACAUCUCCACAUCUACUGGAGUCCAACAUCGCCUCUACCGUCCUGUUCCUGAAGAGGAUGGAGAUCGCAGGUCUGGGACACUGCGACUUCAUCGACCGGCCAGAUCCCGAGGGCCUGAUGCAGGCCCUGGAGGAGCUGGAUUACCUGGCCGCCCUCGACAACGACGGCAACCUGUCCGAGAUCGGGAUCAUCAUCUCGGAGUUUCCCCUGGAUCCUCAGACGGCCAAGGUCCUGCUGGCGUCCUGCGAGUUUGACUGCGUGAACGAGGUGGUGACCAUCGCUGCCAUGCUCGCGGCCCCCAGCUGUUUCUUGGAGACCCCCCCGGGGAGCAGGCGGGAGGCAGCGCAGUGUCACCUGAAGUUCCAGCACCCCCAGGGAGACCACUUCACCCUGGUCAACAUCUAUAACGCCUUCAAACGCAACCAGCGUGAACCAUACCUGUGUAUUGAGAAGUGGUGUCAGGACAGCUUCCUCAGCUACCCGGCACUUCGGACGGCCGAGGCUAUCCGGUCGGAGCUCAUCGACAUCCUGAGGCGCAUCGAGCUGCCCGUGUCGGAGCCAUCCUUCGGGACGAAGGCCAACACUCUGAACAUCAAGAAGGCACUGCUAGCAGGCUUCUUCAUGCAGAUCGCCAGGGACGUGGAUGGUUCCGGAAAUUAUUUGAUGCUGACGCACAAGCACAUCGCUCAGAUCCACCCCACGUCCAGCUACGGGAGCGAACCUCAAAAGCUGGGCCAACCCGAGUGGUUAUUGUACCACGAGUUUAUCCUGUCGGAGAGUAACUGCAUCCGCACCAUCUCUGCAAUCUCCCCAGAGGGGUUCACAGAGAUGGUGCCACAGUACUUCUUGUACAACCUGCCCCACAGUGAGAGCAAAGAUAUUCUGCAGCACCUCCUGGACCUCGCCACCCACCGCAAAGACCGAAAGCAGGAGGCGGACGCGCUCGAUGGUGAGCAGCACGAGGGCGACUCGAACCAGACUGACAGAUGCGUCGUGCAGUGAUGGCGGUCCAACCUGCCCCGUCCGCACCAACGGGAACAAGGAGAGUCGCAAUGGAGAUGCAGGCCGGAUAGUAAAAUGGACAGUUUCCCUUUCAGCCGUUGGCAAGCUUUGUAGGGGCACAUAUUUAUAUUAAAGUGUCCAUUGCAGCAAUUAACAAAAGCAGGACAUUAACACAGUAAACUCUUAUGUUCACAAGUGUCCUAUUCCUAGUGAUGGCCAAGUAAAGCUACACGAACCAGUUUCUGUAUUUUCUGACCCAGCUUGAUGGUGCUGUCUCAAAGCAGACCAAUAGCACCAUCUAGUGGGGUAAAAAAGUACAGCAAAUGGUUCACACGGCUUUAUUUGGCCAUCACCUACCUAUUGCUGUUGCUGAGGUGUACCCAUGACCCAAAUUCAAAUGCUUCCGCCAGGCAGUUUAAAAAAUUGAGGUUUGCGAUGUGAACAUUGCAGAAAUACCACAGGACUUGGCAGAUGCAUCAGUGGAGAAGCACAAAAUCAUUUAACCUUGUAAACUGUGGCGAAGGCACUAUCAGGAAUCUAGUUAAGAUUAAUGUUAGUCACGCUGUUUGUAAAUAUGAGUAUAUGCUUUAUUAAGAAAUAAAUUAUUGGACAGUGGGA